GGAGGAGGAUGCAGACGCCGCGGCCGGCGAUGAGGAUGGAGGCCGGGGAGGCAGCGCCGCCGGCGGGGGCGGGCGGCCGCGCCUCAGGCGGCUGGGGCAAGUGGGUGCGGCUCAACGUGGGGGGCACGGUGUUCCUGACCACCCGGCAGACGCUGUGCCGAGAGCAGAAGUCCUUCCUCAGCCGCCUGUGCCAGGGGGAAGAGCUGCAGUCGGACCGGGAUGAGACCGGGGCCUACCUCAUUGACCGUGACCCCACCUACUUCGGGCCCAUCCUGAACUUCCUCCGGCAUGGCAAGCUGGUGCUGGACAAGGACAUGGCUGAGGAGGGGGUCCUGGAGGAAGCCGAGUUCUACAACAUCGGCCCACUGAUCCGCAUCAUCAAAGACCGGAUGGAAGAGAAGGACUACACGGUGACCCAGGUCCCACCUAAGCACGUGUACCGCGUGCUGCAGUGCCAGGAGGAGGAGCUCACGCAGAUGGUCUCCACCAUGUCUGAUGGCUGGCGCUUUGAGCAGCUGGUGAACAUCGGCUCCUCCUACAACUACGGCAGCGAGGACCAGGCAGAGUUCCUGUGUGUGGUGUCCAAGGAGCUCCACAGCUCCCCGAAUGGGCUGAGCUCAGAGUCCAGCCGCAAAACCAAGAGCACGGAGGAGCAGCUGGAGGAGCAGCAGCAGCAGGAGGAGGAGGUGGAGGAGGUGGAGGUGGAACAGGUGCAGGUGGAGGCAGAUGCACAGGAGAAAGGUUCCCGUCCGUACUCUCUCAGACCUGAGGCUGAGCUUGCAGUGAGGGCUUCUCCUCGGCCCCUCGCCCGCCCCCAGAGCUGCCAUCCCUGGUUUGUAGCUUGGCGGUGCUGGAGGGAGGGGUGGAGCGAGGAGGGUGCUCAUCUCUUGAUCCUUGGACUUGAGCCGAGCUUUCGGCUGAUUAUCUCCACCCACCAAAGUUUCUCAUCUGACCUUGGCCUUGGGGGUGAAGCUCUGAGAGAAGCAAGUUAGGGAAUGGGAACUUUCCCACCAGCCCAUCAGCACCAGAGCCAGGCUUGCGGGGAGGGAGGGACCCGCUGAAGCCAGAGGCCUUGGCCGAGUCCCUGCACAUCCAGGAGCUCCUGUGUCACUGCCUUGUGGCAUGCCCUAUUUCUGUGGGGAUGGGGACGAUAGUCCACUUUUGGAUACCCUUGGCCUAUGAAGUGUCAGCCAGAGCUGGCUUAAGGAUUGCAGAGUGUCAGAAAAAGCCCUGGCCGCAUGCCCACAAGCCCCCCACCCCAGUCUUGUCUUCCUGCUGUGUGACUUUGGGCAAGUCACUGUCCCUCUCUGGGCCACCAUUGCCUCUAAAAUGGGGACAAACGGCUGCUCUCUGUGGCUCCUUUCGCCUGGGGCAUCAGUGCUGCUCCCAGCCUGACCAACCCCCAUCCCACCCCCUUAAAAGUCUUGGCAGAAUCUGGCCUUUGUAGGUGGCUGCCACCGAGCCCAAGACGGGGCAUGGGGCUCCUGGAUGGGUUAGUUGGGCACCCUUCCUGCUCCUCCCCCACUCAGUUCUGAAUCCACCUUCUCCGGGCCUCAGCCCCAUCGCCCUCUCCAGAAGGAAGCCUGUGACUGAACUGCCUCUCUCUCUCUCCCUCUCCCCACCCCUUCAAUCUCCUCUCCACCCCCUGGCCCUGCAUCACCCCUCCUUACCGGCCCCACCUCCGUCCCUCCCAUCCUCCUGUCCUUCCCCUCUUCUUUUUCUAGCUGUUACAAGCCAGAGGCACCCGGAUGUGAGGCCCCAGAUCACCUCCAGGGACUUGGGGUUCCCAUCUGAAAUCCUUUAUUUUUCUACCAUGGGGUGGGCCCCGGGCCUGAGAAGGAAGAAGCCUCCGCUGUCGGCGCCUGUGGGGCUGUGACUUCCCCCUGCCUCCAGGGCCGGGGCGGGGGCCCCCUGGGACCUCUCAAGGCCCAAGGUGGGCCCCAGGAUCUCUGGGCAGAGCCGACUGCUCAUGGCAGACGUGUGGCAAUGUCUGGCUGUGUCUCUCCAGCCCCCGCGUCCCCUUUCCCGGGCUCCCCUGCUGCAUGGCGGAUGCACUCCUUCCUGGCCCAGUCACAUCGCCUCCUUGAGCCUUAGUCCAGGGGGUAACUCCUCCCACCCCACCUACCUCACAGGGUUGUUGUGAGGGUGCACAGAGGAGCAAGGUCCCUGAAGGCCCUCAGGCAGUAUAUAGGGGCCGCCCACCUUCAGCUGCCCUGGGAUGGGAAGGACCCAGCCCGACCCCUGGGCGUAACACUGUGUUUGCAAAUGGAGAUUCAGGUAUUGGGGAUGCAGGUUGUGGGGAGCUGGCCUGUCAAGAGUAGGGGUAGGUGGCUUGGCCUUCACCUUGGUGAUCCCAUCCCCAGCCAUUUGCAUUGCUGGCCCAGCGCCUGGCCAGGGGGGUGGGGAGAGGCAGCUGAAGGGGCUGGGCAGGGGCGGUGGAGGACUCACGGUGGAGGACUCACGGUGGAGGACUCAGGAGCUGCCCGGGGAGCGUGGGUGUGGCGGCUGAGCCAGGGGCCCUCCUGUGUUUGACUUCCUGGGAUGGGUCCUUGCUUCUCAGCUGUGUCGGACCCCAGCGUGUAAUAAAACCCGAAGGAACAGCCCA